AAAAAGUCAAGAAUGUUACUAUCUAAUCCUCCUUCCUCAUUACUAACCAUAGUUGACGGCUUCCCUUCUGAAUAAGAAUCUAUAGAAUCCUACUGGUUGCUGCCUCUCUUGUCCUUCACCUUCUUUUCAUGAUUCAUGGAAACCCAUUAAUUAGAAAUACUAUCAAACGACACCGGAACAGCCAUCGCACAAGACAAGCCAAACCAAAAUCGAGAACCCACCAUGCAAAAUCCACCAAAGUCGCCUGAUCAUAUGUCUCGAGAACUCCCUAUCACCACCGUCAACUUACCAAAGAAACUGACUCUCGUCCCUCUCAUAUUCUUAAUCUAUUUUGAAGUCGCCGGUGGACCUUAUGGUGAAGAACCUGCUGUCCAGGCUGCAGGUCCUCUCUAUGCUCUUCUUGGUUUCUUGAUAUUUCCUUUCAUAUGGAGUAUUCCUGAGGCUUUGAUUACAGCUGAGCUUUCUACAGCGUAUCCUGGAAAUGGAGGAUUUGUGAUAUGGGCUGAUAGUGCUUUUGGUCCCUUUUUUGGAUCCUUGAUGGGGGCAUGGAAAUUCCUGAGUGGUGUUAUUAAUAUCGCUGCCUUUCCAGUUCUUUGUAUUGAUUAUUUAGAAAAGGUACUUCCGGCGUUGGAUUCAGGGUGGCCUCGAAAAUUUGCUGUUUUGAUGUCAACGCUAAUCCUAUCUUUUCUCAACUAUACUGGAUUAGCCAUAGUUGGGUAUGUUGCUGUUGUGCUUGGUAUUGUUUCUCUUUCUCCUUUCAUAAUCAUGUCUCUCAUAGCAAUCCCCAAGAUUCGUCCCCAUAGAUGGCUCAGUUUAGGCCAAAAGGGUGUGAAGAAAGAUUGGACUUUGUUCUUCAAUACCCUUUUUUGGAACUUGAAUUUCUGGGACAAUGUCAGUACUCUAGCUGGAGAAGUUGAUAAACCUCAUAAAACAUUUCCUGUGGCUCUAUUAGUGGCUGUGAUCUUCACUUGUGUGUCUUAUUUGAUUCCUCUCUUUGCUGUGACUGGUGCUGUUUCUGUGGCUCAAACUGAAUGGGAAUCAGGAUUCCAUGCCACUGCAGCAGAGAUGAUUGCAGGGAAAUGGCUAAAAUAUUGGAUUGAAAUUGGUGCUGUGUUAUCUGCUAUAGGAUUGUUUGAGGCUCAAUUGAGCAGCAGCGCCUAUCAGCUUCUUGGUAUGGCUGACUUAGGAUUUCUGCCUACAAUCUUUGCUAAAAGGUCCAAAUGGUUCAAUACUCCUUGGGUAGGGAUAUUGCUUUCAACUUUGAUCACAAUUGGGGUAUCAUACAUGAAUUUUGCUGAUAUUAUUUCAUCAGCCAAUUUCUUGUAUAGUUUAGGUAUGUUAUUGGAAUUUUCAUCUUUUCUUUGGUUGAGAAUGAAAAUGCCAGGAUUGAAAAGACCUUACAGGAUUCCAUUGAAGCUGCCAGGAUUGGUGAUAAUGUGCUUGAUACCAUCUGGGUUUUUAGUCCUGAUAAUGGUCAUUGCUACUAAGACAGUUUAUUUAGUGAGUGGCUUGAUGACUGUGGGAGCCAUUGUAUGGUAUUUUCUCACGAAGUUUUGCAAGUCAAAGAAAUUGUUGAAGUACAGGAGCGCUGAAGCUGAAGCUGAAGCUGUUGAAUGAUGAAAAAGGCAAUAAGAGAUUGUUGAAUAGGUGAUGCUUGAACAAAUAGAGAGAAGAAGAAUUCUCAUGCUCAAGAUUUUCAGAUCAAGAUCCAAAAUUUCUGGGUUUGCUUGGAUGUAAAAGCUUGAGAUCCACAAUUUACUGGGGAUCCAAACUUCAUACUGGUUUGUGUACCUUCAGGUCAUAUCUCUUUGGCUUUACUGUGUAUACUAGUCCUUCAUGUUUUGAAUUUUGUGUAUAAUCAUGUUGUGUCAUUAAUUUCCUAAUUAAAGGCACAAUUAUUAAAUUU